UGCACUGACGACUUCGAUUCUCUCGGACAGAGCAAUUAAUGCACUGGCACUGGCACAAGUAGAACAUCUCCAAACCAACACCCUCGCUGCCUCGAAACCUGCCUGCGCUCGCCACGUCCGUCGAACAACUCCUGUCCUAGACGCACCGGCGAUGGCGUCGUCUCUUCGUCCAGCAUCGCGGCUGGUGGCGAAGCCGCUAACAGCCUCGACAACAUUGCGACAACUGGAACGAUCGCCUUUUCUUCGCUCCACAGCUCCGUUUCAUACCUCAAGCCCGCGGAAUGCCCUGCCAUCGGGCCCUCCUCCGCAAGGCUUCAGAUUACCGCGACCAAAGAGAUUCGAUGAAACCGAAAAUGUGAUGGACAAAGCAAGCAACUAUUUUCUUCUCACUGAGAUGUUCCGCGGCAUGUAUGUCGUGCUGGAACAGUUCUUCAGAGCACCUUAUACUAUCUACUAUCCUUUCGAGAAGGGACCCAUUUCUCCCCGAUUUCGAGGCGAGCACGCUCUGAGAAGAUAUCCCACUGGCGAAGAGAGAUGUAUCGCCUGCAAGCUGUGUGAAGCUGUUUGUCCAGCUCUCGCCAUCACCAUCGAGGCUGAAGAACGAGAAGAUGGCUCCAGAAGAACCACUCGUUAUGACAUUGAUAUGACGAAAUGCAUCUACUGCGGGCUUUGCCAGGAGAGCUGCCCGGUCGAUGCUAUUGUCGAGACCCCGAAUGCAGAAUAUGCGACGGAAUACCGAGAAGAGCUCCUGUACAACAAGGAAAAGCUACUCGCCAAUGGCGACAAAUGGGAGCCUGAGCUGGCCGCCAUUGCAAGGGCAGAUGCUCCCUACAGAUAAGACUGUCUUGCAAGGGGAAUGUACUAUUUUUGUCCCGGUUCAAGUUUAUCCCACGACACAGCAUGAAAGAAGCGAACAUAGCGGGAGAUAAUCAAUGGAUCAGCGAAUUGCUCAAGCAUACAUUGUGUCGACGUGGCUGAAUGCUGCAUUGAUUGAUACAGGUUACACUCCUGGUAUUUUAGGACCAGGCCAAAUAUAACAAGCCGAUACUCGCUCCGUUUUUUGACCUAACUUGUCUAUCCCAAUGCGCGCAUUGUGAACUCAACACUGUCGAACCACGUUAGCCGUCAUUCUUCUAUACCGCGUCCAGAGGUUGUCAACUUACACAGCGAAUGUCCCUGCGCUGACAGGCAUAGCCCUGAACAUGGUGGGGAAGAUGCCUUUCCAGAACCCUCUCAUGCCUUCAGCCUUCCACGUCUGUGAGAAACAAUCUCGCAUGGUCUUGAACUGCUGGUCUUUGCCAAACCCAUCGCUCUGCAUCUUACUCUUGACCACAUCGAAAGGAUAACUGGCGAUCCAUAGUGCUUCUCCGGCCAAUCCUCCAUAGAAGGCGACCUUGGCAGAUGAAAUAUCGGAUCUUUUGACGUUGUUUCGUUUCAUGUCUUGUGCCAUGAGGUAUUCAAACGUCAGGAACCAGACACCGUAGGCUUGCGCCUCACGGUACAGCGUGACGACCUGGCCUCGGUAGAGACCCCGGAGAACACCUUCAUGCGCGGAAAGCUUUUUGAUGCAGUCAAGAGGUCCACUGUAUAGGCGGUUCGCCCCAUGAGGUUGUGUUUGCAGACGAAUCCUGACGUGCUCGAUAGGCCCUGACAGCACAGAGUUCGUAAGACCGGCAAAGGCACCAGAAAGAUAAUAUUGGCCCAACGAUAACUCGGCAGGACGGUUGGCCUUGAGGUUGCGUUCCUCAAAGGCACGGCGCGCGUAGUGAAAGGCUCCAAACUGGACAGAUACACAGGCGCCAAUACCGAUCAGAGGAGUAAGCGUCCCCUUGUAGAACGCUAAUGGGCCUUCGUUCUUGAGGAUAGAACUUGCGCAUGACAAUGCCGAAGGAUGUUUUGUGGAUGUUUGUAGUCUUACUUUGACAAUGUCUGGUCCCUCAUUGAGCAUCAGAGUAAAUUGCAGGGCAUAUCACUGCUUACCAAAUGGCUGGCCUGCACGUUAAAGUCAGUUUAUGCACACUUUAACAAGAACAAAUAUUCAUGCAUAUCAACCCCGUGGGGCGC